AUGUCAAAUCAAAAUCAUCAUUUAAAGUUACAGUUUCGCCGAAUAUUUGAAGACCUCAUUCCAUGGUAUUUUAUUGGAUCUUUGGUCAGCUGUGUUGCCAACAUAGAUUCAUUGAUGGGCGCUGAAAUUGAACAAACAUUGGAACGUACCUACGAUGUCGUGAUGAGCUCACCAGAAAUCCGUCAAUUGUCAUUCGGAAAACUUAAGGCUUUGGAAUCUGGAGCUGGAGGAGCUGCACCAACCGCAACCAGUAUAGAAACAAUCAAGUACCAGCUGGUAGCAAAGCAUGCCCUUGCUAUCGAAGGUUUUGUCACUGCUUUGAAACGAUUGGCCGCCAAAUUAACCGUACCAGUUUAUGGUUUGCAAUGUACAAAAGACGCUCAUUGA